AUGACCAGUAUCACUACUACUGAAAGUUUCGAUGAAAUGUCAAUGAAUACUAAUCCCGCUCGGAAAGCAAACCAAGGAAAAAGUGACUUGUCUAGUUUAAUGAGCAUUUUGGAGCGUGAAGACAAUGAAUUUGAUGAGAAGGAAAUUUUACAAGACAUAAGAACUUACGUCCCAAGAGUCGUCAUCGAUGAUUGUGAGCCUGUUAAGGUAACAGACUCCGAAAUGGUGGAUAGAAUAUUGGAAUCAUCUGGUCUCAGUAAUGAUACGUUAAAUCCCUCGGUAUUUCGUGAUAAUAUUUUGGAAGGAAUUUUGGGUUUCCAAGAGUUUUGUGAAAGCUUGAAUUUACCAUAUAAUAAUUGGAGUAGCGCGUUCUUGAUUAGGGACGACGCGCUUUUGAACUACAAUAUCAAGAAAUUUUAUGAUUGUGAAUUACCGCCAUGGCACAAGAUAGUUGCCUAUAUUUGCAAAGAUGUUGACUUUCAAGAUUAUUCCAGAAAAAAAAGAUUUGAAUUUUGCUCGAGAGAUUUAGGUAACUGCUAUAAUGGACGUAAAAAUCUUUUGGCCUUCUAUGAUGAGGUCUCUAAGGAAAUGGGUGAAAGAGAUGGAUUUUUGGUGAUGAGAGCAAAAUUGGAAGAAGUGGUGAACUAUUAUCAGUUAGCAGUUCCAUCAACCGAAAUGUUAUCUUCUGUUAAAAGUAUGGAGGGAAUUAAACUUUUGAUUGAAAGAACUAUUUCAGAUUAUUAG